CCGCAUAUCUUCAAAGUUUCUGAUUUUAAUGUCACUCACCUUAAACCCUAGAGACACAAACACUUUCAAAGCUUCCCAACAAAACAAAGGACACGACAUGUCGGAAAGAGUAGGUUACGACUCUGAUGCACCCGAAGAAUUUACAAACGAGCAGGGAAUAAAGCAAGAUGAAGAAAUAAGAAAAAUACAGAAAGAAAACAAUGCCAGGGUUGUUCGUGAGGGAAAAGAACGUCGCAGACUUUGGGCUCAGAGGAAAACUCCACGUCAAUCUGCAAGGGUUGAAAGCGGCCAAGAAGAUGUAGAAGCUGAAACUGAUGAGGAGUCUCAGGCCAAGAAGGGGAUGCUUCCUACUAACAUUAUUGAAAUGCUUGCAUCUCGUGAAAAACAAGUUUUCUUAUCGGACUCUGAGGAUGAGAAGGCUGAGUUAAAGCCCACUCCAAGAAAGAAAAAGAAGAAAGGCUCAGGGUUAGAACCUGUUAUUUUGAAGGACAUACCACCUGGUCAAUGCUUACAGAAUUCCUCGGAGUUCUUGAAGAAAAGGAAAAUGCAAGUUCCAAGGUCAUCUUCAGUUUUAAAGAAUUCCAACCAAGCAUUUCGUCUUAAUUGCGUCCUUUCUACGUCUGGGUUACGUGAAAGCUGUAAAAGAUUGUAAUAAAGUUUUCUAGGGUCCUUCCAAACCUGAGAUCACUCCCAAUCUUUCUAAACAGGUGGGAAAUUGAAAAGAUUUUUAAGCGUUAGAAGUAUUCUAUGCCUACUGUGGUGGCUGAAGGAAAUGAAGACAAGAAUGAGCUGCCUCCUAUAAUACAUACUCCUCUCGAUGAAUUCCAUGAUGUUUUUUAAGAAGAAAUUCUACCUGAUCUUCCACCUCAACUUCUGGGUUGUUAAUUUGGCCAAUGGCAUGUCAAACUUUUGGAAGGCCUUCACUGUUUGUAUUGAAAAAAAUAUUGAAUUUAUUAGCAAUUGUUUUUUCUAUCGUCACAGGGAACAGGAUCAUAUAAAGGGCUCUCCAUUUCAUUGGUAUGGUAUCACCCACCUGUUCCACUCAUAUCUCCAACCUAAUUUGUUUGAAUCUUGAUUUGGGAUAAGGAAUCAAGUGCAAGUGCUGGGUCCAUUAGAGGCACCAUAUUUUCAGGCUUAUUACUGGAUUCCAACAACGUGUACUUUUUCAUUGGUGGAGGCGUUAUUAUGCUUCUCUAUGGUCCUUUAUACUAUCCUUCCAAUCGUUCUCGAAAACGCAAAGAUCCAAUCAAUAUUCACGUGUAGUGUAGUUAAAUUAUAACUCGACAUUUCUCAUCCAAUUUGCUUUCAAUGUGCUGCCCCUUCACAUCCUUCAUUGCAGAUGUUUGACCUUGUGGUUGGUCUCUAAGAGUUGGUAUUCUUACGCAUAGCUAUGUAAGCAUGGAUUUUAAAACCCUCUCAUGUCAUUAGCAAAUUUAUUAUUGCAAUCCCCAUCAGUCAUCA